CGCCAUCCAAAAUUGAAGCUGAGGCUAAAGAUAGACACGCCUAAGGAGGGGUAUAUAAGCCCCCGGGAAUAUAGGUGCAACGCGGCUUCACAAUUUCUGUUCUUACUUGAUCAUCCAAACCUCCACCCUCAGCAUCUCAAGAUGGCACCAAAGAAGGCCAAGAGGAGGGCAGCAGCAGGAGAUGGCGGCUCCUCUAAUGUGUUCUCCAUGUUUGAGCAGAGCCAGAUUCAGGAGUACAAAGAGGCCUUCACAAUCAUUGACCAGAACAGAGACGGCAUCAUCAGCAAAGACGACCUCAGAGACGUGCUGGCCUCAAUGGGUCAACUGAACGUGAAGAAUGAGGAGCUGGAGGCCAUGAUCAAGGAGGCCAGCGGCCCAAUCAACUUCACCGUCUUCCUUACCAUGUUUGGAGAGAAGCUGAAGGGCGCUGAUCCCGAGGAUGUUAUUCUCUCUGCCUUCAAAGUCCUGGACCCUGAGGGUACCGGAAGCAUCAAGAAGGAAUUCCUUGAGGAGCUCCUGACCACUCAGUGCGACAGGUUCUCCGCAGAUGACAUCAAGAGAAUGUGGGCCGCCUUCCCCCCAGAUGUGGCCGGCAACGUAGACUACAAGAACAUCUGCUACGUCAUCACACACGGAGAGGAGAAGGAGGAGUAAAGAGAACUCAAGAAGACGUGAAAGACAGUUAUCCCUCUGCUUUCUACCUUCCCCCUUUUCUUUCAUCUUCUUCCUUCCUGCUCACCUUCUGUGUAAACCCACAAGCUCAACCAUUCAUGUUCAAACCAAAGACUUGGCACGGUUGAUGCCCAUGGGGUGUCUAUGUUUGCUUAUGGGGAAUAGGGAUGAUUUCUUUUCCAAUAAAAUUAUCCUGUAACAUCAUUUCCAACAUCAAGAUUUACUCAAACCACCUCUUUUGUUUCCUUUUCACUCUUGUCUGCCUCGUCACCUCAGCCUUUCCCUCAGUAUCUGAGAAGAGAACAGGUUAUUUAAGAGGGGCUUGCCAAACAUAAGGACUUUAUUCUAAAGUAUGAGAACGUCCUUUUGCUUGUAAGCAGUGAGAGGAGUGAGAGUAUUUAAGGUUGCAUCCUUAAAGCGAUGCCAGUGUUUUUCUUUCUUGAAAAGUGAAAAUAACCAGCUGAAGGAAUGGGGAGAACGGGACGAAAGAAAACAUUAACGUCUUCGUUUUCCUUCCCUCCACUCCUUCCUGCUUUCGUUGAAUCAUCUUGUUUUCCAUAAGCGGUCUGAGAUCCAGUAACUAACCUUCAAUGCCUUUCCUCUGUAAUGAAUAAAGGGACAAAAAUGUGAAUAAAACCACUUUGCUUUUUUA